GUCCAAGACUCCAGACGAACUGAACACGAGCUCCGGGGAACCCCAGGCUCUAUAUAACAAAAAUACCCUCUGGCAACGCCCCCAUCACGGGCUGGGAGCAUCAGAAGUAUUACAUCAACAAUGCGAUGGUGACUUCGGCCAACCACCUGGCCCAUGCUGAUGAUGGGGUGACGCAGCAGUACCUGCACAUCAUCGACCAGGUGAUCGAGCCGACGGUGACCCAUGUGCAGCCCAACGGGUCCGUGGCCACCUUCCUCAACCCGGACGCCCAGAGGCUGCUCGAGAAGCCGCGGGUCUACGGCAUCGUCGACCGAUACUCCAUCUCGGAGUUCGACAAGCGCGUGCGAGAGCUCGGCGUGGAGGACGUUUUUGCAAUGAAGGGUAAAAAUACCUUCUUCAUUCCUGUUGAUUCCGCGCUCAAUCCCAAUGCAACCCACAAGGACAUGAUCGACAAGCAAGUCGUGCACGGCCAUGUGGUGCCCAACCGCGUCUUAUUCACAAGGACCGUGACCAGCUCCUCUAACCAGUAUGAGAGCCUCGCCUUUACGGAUAACUUGAAGGUCUUCAUCACCAUGGAGAAUGUGACGGUCGCCGAGGGUGAAGAAAUGGCCUUGAAGUACAAGCGUACUCCACCAUUGUUCGUAUAA